UAUAAGGAAAACAUCCGUACAUGCGCACCAAGGACGUUUUUUGUUUGAAGCAGUCGCAGUCGUUGUGGCGGAUUGGGGCUACAUAGAAGGCAGUAGCGCGAGUCAGGUUGUAAGGGAUCCUAAGGACUAGUUACCAGAGUUCCCAAAUGCUUGUGUGGUAAAAAUUUCCGGUUCUUCUCUUGCAUGUACGGCUGGGCUGUUUAAUGCACCGGGAUCACGAUGUUGGGACACUAUCCAAACGUGGAAAAGACACAACUGCUCAGCUAUGUGGAGGACUACCUUGAGUGUGUGGAGUCCCUGCCAUUGGACAUUCAAAGGAAUGUUUCAAUCUUGCGAGAGAUCGACUCAAAGUAUCAAGAGGUGCUGAAAGAGUUGGACGAUGUGUAUGAGAAGUACAAGAAAGAGUCAGAUGGGGCCCAGAGGCGUCGCCUGCAGAACCAGCUGCAGCGUGCCCUCAUCUGCAGCCAGGAGCUGGGUGACGAGAAGAUACAUGUGGUGACGCAGAUGAUGGAGCUGGUGGAGAACCGAGCGCGCCAGAUGGACUCCCACGUGCACUGCUUUCAGGAGCCGGCCGAGGCGGAGCGAACCAGUGAACGGCUCCGGCAGGAGGCUGUGGCCCCCGAACGGUCAUCGGCACGGCGGCCCCGGCGCCAGCGGCACAGCGAGAGCCGCGACUCCUGCCACGCAGCCAACGGUGUAGACGAGCCCGGCAAGGAACCGUCUCCCCCUCCACCACCGCCUCCGCCGCCACCGCCUGUCCGAGAGAAGCGGUCCAAGUCGGCUAAGAAGAAGAAGCGUUCUCGCGCCAAGCAGGAGCGUGAAGCCUCUCCGGCGGAGUAUGCCAUUGACCCCAACGAGCCCACCUACUGCCUGUGCGACCAGGUCUCCUAUGGCGAGAUGAUUGGCUGCGACAAUGAACAGUGCCCCAUUGAGUGGUUCCACUUCUCCUGUGUUGGACUCACCUACAAGCCGAAAGGGAAGUGGUACUGCCCAAAGUGUAGGGGAGACAGUGAAAAAACGAUGGAGAGGAGUCUUGAAAAACCCAAGAAGGAUCGAAGGUCGAGGUAGUGAUUUCUGCUGCUCUGUUUUUUUUUAUUUUUAUUUUAUUUUUUUAUGUGUCCAGUAGUUCUUUGGCUUUUGAAACAAUCUUAUGGGAAAGGUACACGUCUGAAAUACUUUGUGGACUGCCUCUGGAACAUGAUGGAGGAUGUGACUGUGAAUCUCUCUCUGGCUGCACUCAACCUAAAGACUGAAAAUUUUGUGUACUGAAGAAGCACUAAAAUUGUCAUGUCCAUUGAAACAGAACUUGCAGAUGGUCAGACUACCUAUUUCACCUUUGGGAAACCCAUAGGUGAUUUCAGAAAUGCUGCCUAACACUAUAAUAUUUUGUCAAAUGUAAACAAAUAACAAAUGUCUCUGGAUGGCAUGUUCGGGGUCUCCCUAACUACAAUGUGAAACCAGAAGGGUCAAAGGUCUGUCCGUCUGUCUCUCUGGGUGCCCUCCUCAUGUAAUGAGAAGUGAAACUUUCCCUCUUCAUUGCUGUCUUGAGUGGAUCUUCAUAUUGGUUGCAUUGGCACAUUAGAAGGAUUAUGAAUGUGAUUUCUCUAAUUGUGUUGAAGAUAGAAAAUGCUCUGGUUGACUGGGAUCUCUGUCUUCUAAGAGGUAGUCGCCAGAACUUUUCAGCUUUGUUUACUGUCGUAAACUUUUUGGGCGUCCAGGCCUCUGCUACAUUCUGUGUCUGGGGACAGUUUGCAUGUUCUCCCUGUGUCGUGUAGAUUGCCUCCCGCAGUCAGGACACACAGGUAGGCUAACUGGCAUGCCUAUAUUGCCCGAACUGUGUCAUUGUCCUUGUGUAAGCCGUGUGAUGAGUGGGCAUCCUGCCUUGAGUGUUAUCCUGACCAGGGUGAGCAGAUGGAUGGAUGGGACCACCAAAUGCAGAAUCUGGAUUAGAUUCUGCCCCCGAUGCCUCCAGUGAUGUUAAUUUCAUAUGUGGUUGGAAAUUCUCCUGUAAUAAGCAAUGUUUUAUUCUCUCUUUUAUAAACAUUAAAAGUAAAAUCUGUGUCCCCAACAAA